ACCAAGUGUGAGCACAGUAUUUUCCGGGAUCUCAGGAUGCAGCUCAAUCUGACUAAGGAAGGGUUGUGGACCCCAGGAAUCGGUACUCCCCUUUCCAGAGCUGUUCCCAACAAGACUCAGAAGGAAGACAAAGAGAAAAUCGCCAAAGAGAAGGAUUUCAACAGAAAGAUGUCCAUCACACCCAAAAUCCAGUUGUCAGAUGCCACUGUAGAAGCUGACAAUGUCACCAGCCUCAGCCUUGAUGGACAGCAAUAUGUUGAAGCAGGAACGUUCCUGGUGAUGGAGAUAAAGCUGGACAAGGCCUUGGUACCAAAGCGAUCGCGAGAGGAGCUCGCCAAACGGGUCAAGCAGAUGAUUCCUCCUCGCCCUCCGUUGCCUCCUCGGACCACAGGAGCCAAGAAGGCCGUGGAAGAUUAUCACAACCAUGUCACAAGCAUUGCUGCUGCUGUCCUAAAUGAAUACCACGAGCUCUUUGGGAAGCAGCUGCCUGACUGGGGAGCGAUAGAUCACCAAACCCUGGAGGAACAGAAGCGUCAGCUCAACUUUGAGCUCAACACCUCUGGGAAAUAUUUUGCUUUUAAAGAACAGCUAAAGUAUGCUGUAGUGAAGAUUGUGAGGGAGAAAUACCUGAAGACCACAGCGUUUGAGACCCAGGAGCAUUUCCAGGAGUUUCUCAGUGAGCUUUACGUGUACCUGGUGGACCAGAUGCACAUUGCCCUGAACCAAUUACUCUCCAAGGAUGCUGCUGUCCCCACCCCUCCAUCCCGCGUAACCGAGGAGCAGCUCUGGCUCUUUGCUCGUGAAGCUGAAGUCAACAAAGACUACAAGCUGGCAUCUUUCUACCACCAGCAGAGGUUAGCUCAGGACCAGCACAACAUCCAGUACUGGCUGGACUAUGGGGCAUUCUGCCUCCUGCUCAAGGAUACAACCAAAGCCCGGGAGUGCUUCCAUCAGGCUCUUUCUCUGGACCCCCAUCACCUCCAAAGCUUGCUGCUCUCUGGGAUUGUGGCAGUCAUGCUGCAGAACCACGAAGACGCAGAGAUUUUCUUUGAGGAUGCCUGCUGCUUGGAGCCAUCCAGCAUUGUAGCCUGGACACUUUCAGGUUUGUUUUAUGAGCUGCAGGGUAAUAAUAUUCAGGCAGAAAUGGCCUUCCGUGAGGCUAGGAAGCUCCUGCAAGCACAGCUCGCCAGGGAGAAGAGCAUCGCUGAGGCUGCUGAGGGAGAAGAAAAGAAAAAGCACAUUUCUGCUGCAGGUGUGAGGUCUCCCAGCCCAGGCUCAGAGGAGCACUUGCCAGAGGAGGUUCCAGAUGGCUCAGCUGACAAACUGCCAGAGGUGAUGGAGGAACCAGAGGAAGAGGCAGCCCUGAAAGCAUCAUCCUCUGGUUCAGGACUUAGCCAACCUCCCUGCACAAUCUUCAUGAAGGCCGUGGAAUUCCUGAUGAAAGUCAAUGCCAUCCAGUUUGUUCACAGAGCGCUUGCCCACGAGCUGCUGAGCCUUCAGGGAAGUGCCUCCUGUGCCUACUACCUGGCGCUGGCCCAGACUUCCUUACUGAGGGAAGAUUUCUCCAAAUGUGAGGAAUGUCUCUAUGAGGCCGUUAGGAUCGACUACAUGAAUCCAAAUGUCUGGGCUCAGAAAGGGCACCUCUGCUACCUGAAGAAGGACUUCGGGAAGGCCAAGGAGUGCUACGAGCGAACCAUCAGUUUUGUGGAGGAUGCUGAGGAUCUGCACUUUGUCUGCCUGCGCCUGGGCUCCAUCUACCUGGAAGAGAAAGAG